ACAAUUUACCGUACACGUUGAACAACGUGCUGAGGGAAACGGCCUUGAGACUUUGAUGUUCAGCUCGUAUAGCUCUCCUAUGCGGGGCAGGAUUAAACGCUCGAGUUGGUUCGAGUCGAGUUGGCUAACGAUCGACUUGACCUGAUACCAAACAUGGAUUCCAAGCAGAAUUCGGUACUAUCUCUUUUCAUCGCUGUUGAGCAUUCACUAGCCCACUAUUGCCCGGCUCUCGAUUAUGUUGCGUCUUUGGUCGGGAACGCCCUCGUCCCUAGCUGCGGUUUCACGAAAGCUGUCCCAGAAGUUGACAUCUUCCCGAGCGGCAUCGGUGUCCUAGCCAAGGGUCACCAAUUCUCCAUCUUCAAGAAAUCGCACGCCGAUGAGGCAGCCAAGGUGGUUAACUACCUGGUCUCCUGCGACAGCUUCAAGAAAUUCCAGGAGGAUGCCGCUCGUCUCCGGGAAAUUCUGAACGAGGGCAUCUAUCUGUACGCCAUAUCCACGGCCGUACUGCACCGUACUGACACCGGCGGUGCCCUGUUGCCUCCGCUAUGGCAGGUCAACCCUCGGAGUUAUUUUCCUGGGCCGGUCAUCAAGCGUGCUUUCGACCAGGUACGCCGCGGUAAAAGUGACGCUUCUGACGGCUCGACUCCUCCCGCCUUUACCACCGGUUCCAACCGGGACCCGGAGUUCAAGCUUGCCUGGUGGAGAGAAGAUUGUGGCUUCAACGCUCACCACUAUCACUGGCAUCAGUCCUAUCCAUGGCGUGGUGUCAACGGAGUAACCAAGGACCGUCAGGGGGAGCUGUUCUACUACAUGCAUCAGCAGAUGUUGGCCCGUUACGAUGCUGAGAGGCUGGCCGUAGGCCUUAUGAGGGUGGAUCCCUACUCCAACUGGCACCUUCCCAUCCCGGAAGGGUAUAACCCACAGCUGACCGACUACUACGGGGCCUACCAGUUCGCUGCGCGGCCCGCAGGGAUGAUCCUAGCCGACAAUUGGCGCGAUCCCUCGGAUCCUACGCUGAUCAUCCAACAGGAGUACCAUCGCAACCGACUACUGGAUGCCAUCAACACUGGCAAGUUUGAAAAGAACGAUGGCACCAAAGUGGACGUCGACAUCAAUGGUCUGGGCGCGGCCAUAGAGGCUAAUGCCAGCACACCCAAUAAAGACCUGUACGGCUCUGUGGGGAUCCACAACCGCGGUCACGAUAUCCUGGCUGGAAUCACGGAUCCAGACUACCGCUACAAUCAGGCUGGGGGAGUUAUGGGCGACAUCUCAGCUGCCAUCCGGGACCCGAUCUUCUUUCGCUGGCACAAAUUCGUCGAUGAUCUGUUCUUCCUGCAUAAGAUCAAGUUGGCGCCAUACACCCAGACUGAUCUGGAAUUCCAGAAUGUUCAAGUGGACUCUGUGCAGGUGCAGGUGAUCAAUCCAGCUCGGCCUGCCAACACUCUGAUCACUCGCAUGGAGGACGUUGUGGUGGACAUCGCCAAUGACAUGUUCCUGGACCCAAAUGACAAGCCUAAUACUGAAGUCAAAGUAACCGUGAAACAGGUGAACCACGAUAAAUUUAGUUACGAAGUGGGAGUUACCAACAGCAGCGGGGCACCAUUGAAGGCAGCCUUCCGCAUCUUCAUUGCGCCCUCUCUCGACGAGUAUGGGACUCAAUAUCAGUUGGACUCUCAGCGCCGCCUUUUUAUCGAGAUGGACAAGUUCGUGACAACACUGAAAACUGGUAGCAGUGCCAUCACACGCAGCUCAACCCGCUCCUCCAUUAUCAAACCACGAGAGCUUACCAUUGCAGAGCUGAAGAAGAGAGGCACCACAACGAAGAAGGGAGCAGACGACGGCUCCACAUGCCGAGCAGACCGCUACUGCGAGUGCGGCUGGCCCGAGCACAUGCUGGUACCCAGGGGCACAGCGGCAGGCAUGCCCUUUGACCUCUUCGUCAUGGUUACCAACUGGGCCAACGACAGCAGCACGGACGACCUGGAUCGGGGUACCAGUUACUGCGGCGUGAAGGACAAGACCUACCCGGACAAGCGCCCCAUGGGAUUCCCCUUCGACCGCAAGAUAGACAGCGCCCUCUACAAGCAUGUGGCCGACUUCGCAAAUGGCUUCUCUAACAUGAUGACGCUCCCGAUUAAAAUCACAUGCGUGUGAGGUGGGUCCUGAAACGCGCGUUUGAUCUGUUAAGUCUCUGGCGGAAUUUGUAAUCACGAAACCGGGAUUUAGACAAUUGUAGGAGUUUGUCAGUUAUUGGAAAUAAAUCAUUUUGAAAUAUUAAGCUAAAUAGUAAACUAGUUUUUUGGCGCAAUUUGAGGUCGUAAAUAGUUAUCAGUGAAACAGUAAAAAACGUUAAUUAUUAUCAUACACGAAUCCAAGUAAAUGAUGCACAUCGGUUCACACCUUUUAACAUUUUGAAAAUUGUUUCUGCUAAGAACGGCAAAUAGUUUCGGCUAUUUUACUUUUAUGUGUACUUUGAAAAUUGUGUAAAGGAAUUUUGUCAUUAGUGAGGCAACCAAAUGCAGCUUACUAAUUGUAAUGCUUUGUUUUAUACCUGCUUAAAUUACGAACAAAAUCUCGCAAACAUGCAACAACAAAUUCACACUCCCUCUUAGGUAAAUGUUUGCAAUACUCAGACAAAAUAUAUAUUUAUUAUAUCAUUUUAUUUUCAUACACAUGUAUUUUCAAUUUAGAGGCAAAUGCUAAAUGCCAACAAUGAUCGUAAACAUGGGCGUCGCGAGGGGGGGGGGGCAAGGGGGCGCUUGCCCCCUCCCCUCGAAAGCACACCCAAAAAAAAAUGGAAGAAAAAAAACGAGAAAAAAGAAGAAGAAAAAGAGGUGCGAAGUCAUAUUGGUGUAAACUUAAUGGGUUUGGGAGAGGGGGCAAAAUGUCCCUGCCCCCUCUUAAACUGAUAAAUCGACAAUAUAAUGAGAAAUACAGGAAUUUUUGGGGAA